ACGGCCUGCAGCGCUCAGUUUGCAACCAGAAGUCGUAUCCCACGCAAUCGGAAAUGAGAAACGAAGCAAUUUCCGUGUUGUUAGUGUUGCUUCCGCUCUGGAGUGCGGUUCAGGCGGAGAAGGAUAUAUUUGAUGGAAUGACGGAGCGGCACCACGAAGACAGCGCCGAUGAAACGUUGUUGGAAGAUGAGCAAGAUGGACCUGACACCUGCAUUCAUGACAUUAUUCCCAAGGAUCCUAUUGACCUAAAACCCAAUACUGGUCCGUUGAAAAAGAUUGAAAGCUUACUGCACGAAAUGCCAGAAGCACCACGAUUGCCGAACUUUUCUAAUGUACUACAGCAGGUAGCGAACGCAUUUCAGCUUCCAAGGUUUUCCGAAAUGGGCCAAGCAUUGCAAUUAAUCAUUCGUCAGUACCGAGAGCCACUACAAGUGUAUGGUAGGCAAUGGGCAGGGCUCUUUAAAAAACGCAGCCAAGAUACGAUGAAAAGUAUUAACGGUGUUAUUAGAGAGCAAAAUAAAAAAAUUAAAGAGUUUUUCUCCAAUCACUUUGUCCAGUAUAAGGAGGUCUGCUUACCGGACACAAACCAAUGUCUACAGAGUAUACAGAAGCACCUGGACGAGUACUCAAUGAAGGUCAACGAAAACGUGGCAGCUUGUAAGCGAUUUGUAGAUCGGCAGCUGGAACAACAUGUACAGUGGGUGGAAAAUGAGCGGAACCAGCUAGAAAAGCCACUUCUCAAAAUGGAUGCCUGUUUCAAGGGUGGUCGCAAUGGAACAAAUAUUGCCGUCUGCAUGGGGAAUCUGCUUAGCAAUACGAUAAAGAUGUGCAGUGAAGGGAUGAAAAAAUUUUCCGGAAUUAUCGAGCAAGCAUCCGAUAGUUUUGCAAACCGGAUGGAAAAAUUUCGCACUUGCGUUGUUGAUCGUAAGGAGCUACUGAAGCAGGGUCAGCAGCGAAUCGCCGAACGUGGUGUCAAGUGUUUGAAGGAUCAGUCUGGCAAUCAACAUCCGGAAGAUUUGUUUACUCGAUAGAAAACACGACAUUGAACGCAAAUGAUAUAAAUAUAAUGGUAAAUUUAAUUGGUGAUCUAGACCGAGGGGUAAGAUACUUUAUAAUAUUAUCCAUAUAUUAAUAUAUUAGCCCCUAUUAAAGCCCUAUAAAUGCAUACCUUUAUAGGGCUUUAGGUUAUAUUAGGGUGGAAACGGUAAAUAUGUUAAGGUUGAAAAAAUAUUUCCACAGGGAAAAGUAAUAUAUUUUCAACAGUGUCUUGCCCCUCGAUCUAGACCAAUAGGGAAUUGAAAAGAGAAUAAAAUAAAUCGAAUAUUAAA